CUUGUUCUUACACGGUAACUUUCUUAAUGGCACAAUACCUUCUUGGCUAUAUUCCCAUCCAUCUUUGCAGAAUCUCCACCUAGAUCAUAACCAAUUCACUGGUCAUAUUGGCGAAUUUCAGUAUAAUUCUUUGGUGAAUCUUGGUUUGAGUUCAAACAAACUGCAGGGCCUCAUUCCCAGCUCAAUUUUUCAGCAAGUGAAUCUUUUGGGUUGAGAUCUUUCAUCAAAUAACUUGAGCGGUUCCGUUCAGUUGCGCCAAUUCUCAAAGCUAAAAAAACUCCAAAGCCUUUCUCUUUCUAAUAAUAGCCUAUCAAUGGAUUCCAUCAACUCCAUCAUAUCUGUUUCACCCAAUACCCUUCAGUAUUUGUACCUGUCUUCGUGCAGUAUUACUGAGUUCCCAUACUCCUUAAGAAGCUUGGAAAAUUUAGUGUUGUUGGACCUUUCCUACAACAGAAUUGGUGGGGGUGUUCCCCAAUGGUUGUGGAACGUUGGGAAGGAUUCGUUGUAUUCGUUAGAUGUUUCUUACAACCUCUUAACUCAUAUUGGGAAAAUUCCAUGGAAAAUGGUAGAACACAUUGACUUCAGUUCCAAUAGGCUUCAAGGUCAUCUUCCAAUUCCACCACCUUCAACUACUCUAUUUUCAGUCUCCAAUAACCAAUUGGUUGAAGAGAUACCUUCUUUGUUUUGCAACCUUAGUUUGAUUGAAUUCCUUGAUUUGUCAAACAAUAGUUUGAUUGGGAGCAUCCCUCCAUGCUUUGGAAAUUUUAGCAACAUCUAUGUUUUAGAUUUGCGAAUGAAUAAGUUGCAUGGAAUGAUUCCGUCAACAUUUGCAAAAGGGAAUAGCUUGAAGAAUCUUAACCUCAAUGGAAAUCAGUUAGAAGGGCCAGUUCCCCGAUCUUUGCUCAAUUGCGAAGGGCUCGAGCUUUUAGAUGUUGGGAACAACAAGCUAAACGGGUCCUUUCCCCAUUGGUUAGAAUCUUUUCGAGAGCUUCAAGUCCUUAUCUUGAGAUCUAAUAGAUUUUAUGGUCUAGUAAGUGAUCCUAAGGUGAGAUUUCCUUUUCAAAAGUUGAGAAUCAUGGACAUCUCCAACAAUGAAUUCACUGGUAUUCUGCCAACAAAAUAUUUUGAGAAUUUGGCGGCCAUGACGGAUGCGCAUACGGAUGAGUUGGAAUACAUGGGGGAACACGUAGGUUCAUCCUAUUAUUCUGUGACAGUGACAAUUAAAGGAUUCAACAUCGAGCUGGUGAAAAUACAACAACUGUUCAUAACCAUUGAUUUCUCAAGCAAUAACUUCACUGGAGAAAUUCCAACGGUGAUUGGGAAGCUCAAUUCACUCAAAGGCCUCAAUUUUUCUCACAACAAGCUGUCUGGUCUUAUUCCACCAUCCUUGGGAAACUUGAGCAACCUUGAAUGGUUAGAUCUCUCUUCAAAUGAGCUUUUCGGAACUAUUCCAGUGCAAUUAGCUGCAAAUUUGAAUCAACUUGAAAUCUUAAAUCUUUCCGACAACAAAUUAGAGGGACCAAUACCUCGCGGGGAGCAAUUUGAUACAUUCAACAGUGAUUCUUAUAGUGGAAACCCGGGAUUAUGUGGAUUUCCUCUCCCCAAAUCGUGCAACAAUGAUGACGGACAACCUGAUCAAGGUGAUGAAGAUGGUGAUGGUGAUCACAACAAAGGAGUGAUUGAUUGGAAGGUGGUGAUGAUGGGAUACGGAAGUGGAAUAGUAAUUGGAAUAUCGGUAGGAUACAUGGUGGUUUUCGAUAGAGGCUUUGAUUAUUGGUUUCUAAAAAGAUUUGGAGGGGGAUGCUUCUGUAAAACCAGCGGUCGCUUUAGAGGAUGGAGAAGAUCAAACUAGCAAGCACAGGAAAUCAAAGUCUAGAGCAAAGAUUAGAAAGCAGGCGCGUGAGAAGUAACAUUGAUCUGAUCAAGUGCAACUGAUGCUGUACUCUGCAUUGAGGCGUGGCUCUAAUGAACCAUUAUCUUGUCUUUUAUUUUUAUUAUUAUUUUUUUUUUAUGUUUAGACAUACUUUUGUGCUGUAUUGAUUGUAC